AUGGCGAUCAUUAACAGUGUCAAACACACAUUACAACAACACUUUCACAUUAAAGACUUAGGACACAUGAAGUAUUUCUUGGGUUUGGAAUUAGCUCGCAACAAUAAUGGCAUCAACAUCAGCCAACGAAAAUACACCUUGGAUCUACUUGACACAACUGGAAUGAUGGGAUGUAAACCAGCAUCUACUCCAAUGGCUCGUGACACACGCCUACUCUCUACUGAUGGCAAGCCUAUGGACGAUCCCAGCCAAUACCGACGCCUAAUUGGACAAUUCAUCUACCUCCUCAACACAAGGCCCGACAUAUCCUAUGCUGUACAACAACUCAGCCAACAUAUGCAACAACCAACCGAAGUGCAUUUUGCUGUAGCUAUGCGCGUUCUCAGAUACCUCAAGAAUUCACCAGCUCAAGGCAUCAUGUUCCCUGCUACAUCCACUCUGCAGCUUAAAGCAUUCUCAGAUUCAGAUUGGGCCACUUGCCCAGAAACCAGAAGAUUUGUUACCGGUUUUUGUAUUUACUUGGGAGACUCCCUCAUUUCAUGGAAAUCAAAGAAGCAAGCAACCAUUUCCCGCAGUUUAACUGAGGCAGAAUAUAGAUCCAUGGCAGCCACCGUUUGCGAAUUACAAUGGCUAACCAACAUCCUAAAAGAGCUUCGGGUUCCCUCAAUCGCUCCAGCACUGCUAUACUGUGACAACGCUUCAGCUAUACACAUCGCAAACAACUCUUCCUUCCAAGAACACACAAAGAAUAUCGACUUGGAUUGUCACUUCGUUCGUGAAAAGCUCAAGAAUCAGCUGUUUCGACUACUACCUGUCCCUUCAUCACAGCAAUUGGAAGACAUCUUUACAAAACCAUUAGACUACAAACCUUUCCAAAUAAACCUUUCUAAGCUAGGACUAUACUUCAUAUACCCCAAGCUUAAGGGGGGGGGUGUUAGAUAUUGUAUCAUUAAUCUUAUUGGACCUUUCUCUAUAGCUAACUAA